AUGCCUUUCAACGCUGUGAGCCGCAAUUCCACACCUCCGACUCCGCUGUCGUCGCCAGGGCUGUUCCGACCGCCAUCCCACCAACUGCUGCCGCAGCUCGACGGAACCGAGGAACCCGAGAAGCAGCACCUACACCCCUCGCAGUACCGCGCCGAAGAGGUCCGCGAAACCAAGGAGCUGGAAACGGACUACGACCCGAUAUCGGGCAGGAAGACGAUCAACCACUACGCCAUCAUCAACGAGAUUGGCCGCGGCACGCACGGCAAGGUCAAGCUCGGGUACGACCUUAUCCUUCGCGAGCACGUCGCCAUCAAGAUCGUUGAGCGUUCGCAGGGCCGCCCGCGGCUGGGUCGCAAGGGCGACGGAGGAGAGGGCUCCGAAACAAAGAUCCGCCGCGAGAUUGCGAUCCUGAAGAAGAUACGGCAUGAGAAUGUCGUGCGGCUUCUGGAAGUCAUCGACGACGACCGGAGCAAGAAGGUCUACCUCGUGUUAGAAUUCGUUGUCAAGGGCGAGGUCGUUUGGAGGAAUACCGGCGACACCGAUGAUUGGUUUGUUCCGGCGAUGGAGAUCGAGGCAGCCCGCCGAUGUUUUAGGGAUACUGUUGUCGGUCUGGACCACCUGCAUUGGAACGGAAUCAUCCACCGAGAUAUCAAGCCCGCCAAUCUGCUGUGGGAUGACAACCAGGUCACCAAGAUUUCCGAUUUCGGUGUCAGCUUCCUGGGAAGGCCGAUGCGCGAGGAUGCCGACGAAGGAACCGAAGAGGACGAGCCCACGGGAUACGAACAGGAUGAGUUGGAGCUCGCGAAGACGGCUGGAACCCCGGCGUUUUUUGCUCCGGAAUUGUGCUCAAUGGAUGCCGCCGCUGCUAAGGUUCCGAUCACGAGUGCUAUCGAUGUCUGGGCGUUGGGAAUCACGCUCUUCUGCUUCAUCUUCGGGCGCCUCCCCUUCAUGGCGGAGUCCGAAUUCAAGCUAUUCAGAUGCAUCGCCGAAGAGGAGCUCGUCAUUCCCCUGCGCCGGAUCCGGCCACAUAAGCCAGAGUUGGCGCCCGACCACAUCUUGACGCCCGAGGAAUUGGAGGAAUAUGAAACCGAGGCCGUUGACGAAGACCUACGCGAUCUGAUCAAGCGAUUGCUGACCAAGAACCCCAGCAAGAGGAUCCUGUUGAAGGAGGUUAAGCGUCACCCUUGGGUACUCCAGGGCAUCAAGGAUCCCAUCGGCUGGGUGGACAAGACGGAUCCGGAGCAGACUUCUCAGGGUAACAAGAUUGAGGUCACCAGCGAGGAUGUCGAGACGGCCGUUUCAGUUCCGAGUAUUGUCAACAGGGCGAAAACCGCUAUCCGCAAGGCCGCUGGUAGUUGGGUCAAGACUUUGCGAAAGAGGGGGAGCAGCACGGUUAGUAUGCGCGACUCCAAGGCGAAGCAUUUGGCGGACGUUCCCAGUGGUAGUGGUGGUGGUGGUGUCGGAGCCGGCAGUAGUAAGCAAGGUCAGCAGAAGACGUUUCUUAGUUCUACCGAUAAGGAUGGUGAUCCAGAAAAAGAAUUGCAAUGGAUGGGAGGCGUGGAGGAACCGAGAGAAGACGAAACGCUGAAUCCAUUAGCUCCAAGCGGCACAAAUUCCAAUUCAGGAUCCUCCGAUACAGUCACCGUGCAAGCGCCGCAGAAUGGUGGCGAGAAUGAGUUUCAUGAUCAACAAUGGUCUUCGGGCGUCACGGGCAGUCAAUGGACGCAAGCACAAGCUCCACCUGUGGCCGACAAGCGGCUCAGACGGAAGCAGUCGAUGAGUCUACUCGGAUACAACAUCUUGAGACGCCACUCGUCGGUUUCGCACGAUCCCAGUCGUUCCGUCAGGGCCAAUCACAGAGCUCCGACCGAAGCGCCUCCGACCAGUCCUCAGGACGACACCCCUGCGAACCUUUUCAAGGCGGAAAGCACGGCGGCUCUCGCGUCGCCCUCGAUUUCGAGGAGGGUGGUGCGUGGUACAAGGAGCGAUGACUUUGCGCGCGCUGGCAGGAACAAGUCCAUGUACGACGACAGCGGUCUUUUGACGGCGAGGGGAGUUCUCAGUGAUGCCCUCCACCCCAAAGCCAACGGACCGGAUUAUGACACACUGCCCACCGGCAAUCCCCAGCUCAGGAGUAUCUACCAGCCACUCGACGUGGAGAAUGGGAUGCUGAACAUUUGCCCCAAGUCGCCUGACUCGAACAUGAAACAGAAGGUUGAACGACAUCGCCGCGAGGAGCAGGAGCAAGCGAGACGUCGACUGGGCAAGGUCGAUCUGGAUGACGAUCAGUUGGAUCAGCCGUGUCCGCCAAGUCCCGAUGACGACGCAUCCCCGCAGCGGCUGUACGGCCAGGAGAACCAGCGGAUGAUGCUUGAGGAAAACGAGCGCCAACGAUGUACAUCAUCUUACCGAACCCCAGACGGCUGGUCGCGCGAGAGCUUCUACCAUCCAGCGAGAGACUAUCCGACUCCUCCGAUCGCCAUGGGAUCACGUUCGCGCGGAUACUUUGAUCCUCCGUCCCCAAAGAGUCAUGCCGCCUUGGUUUCGUCCUCUAGUGACGAGAGAUUCGUUACCACUGCCGGAUCCAGUCUCACGAAUUCCACCAGUUUCCCGAGCAUCGCAACCGACCCGUCUUCGGUCUCGUCGGACAUCUUCGACUGCGGCGACGACGACGACAGGUUCCGGUUGAUGCAGGCCCAGUCGUGCGGACGAAAGAUGAGCGAGCUACUAUUCCAGCACGAAGAGGACGACGAGGAUAGCGGAUCCGAUUCCGAGGGUGGCUUCGUCAUGAAGGAUACGCGGCGACCUAGACGCGCAAAGAGCGUCAUGGUUGGAGACUUGGCGCGGAAGAGCGACGAGGCUAAAGACGCGGCUAUCAAGAGGGGCACUGCUACUCGCCCACGGCAUCUCACUCGUGCUUCCGGCAGCACUAGCACCGUUAAGCCGGCUGCUGACGCUUAA